AUUGUCUUUGUGGUUAGGCGCCUGUCUAACCACAGCCAGGUCUAGCUACUUAACUCGUUGGUUACUGGUUAGCCUAGCUGUAACCAGCUAACUUAACGUUAACCUGUGGAAGGACUGAACAAAUGUCUAAUACGGGGCAGCAAUCGUAUUGUGUAGCUAACUAGUUAUAUAUGUACAGCUAGCUAUAUGUGUACAGCUAUCUCGCUAACUCUAUUUAAAUAGGUAACGUUACUAACUAGCUACCAAUGCCUUGACUGGCUGAUAAUCACGACCUACUAUUUCUGCCAAGAAGCCUCUCCAGUCGCUACAGGCAGGAGUGGGUACGGUGGGGCCCCAGCUGGUCUGUGGGAUGACUCGAUGAGCGUGGCGUAGCGGCGGGGAACGGAACAGCAGASUGACUGAGUGACGAGAAUGGGUAGGAGGGGCUGCAGGCUAGCUGUCUCCACUGGUGUCUCCACUGCAGUCCUCUACGGCUCCCUGGCCCUUUUUGUCUCCAUCCUGCACAACGUCUUCCUGCUGUACUAUGUGGAGACCUUUGUCUCUGUUUACAAGAUCGACAAGCUCUCCUUCUGGGUGGGAGAGGCAGUUUUUCUGAUAUGGAACAGCUUGAACGACCCUCUCUUCGGCUGGCUGAGUGACCGCUCCUUCCUCAGCUCCUCACAGUCUGGCACCCAGAUCUCCAGCCCAGAGGUGGUACUAAAGCGGUUGGCGGCCCUCUCCCGGAAUGGCCCCCUGUUCGCCAUCUCGUUCCUGGCCUUUUGGGUGUCAUGGGCACGGCCGGGCAUCCAGUUCCUAGUGUGCCUGUGCCUGUACGACGGAUUCCUCACCGUGGUGGACCUCAACCACAACGCKCUGCUGGCCGACCUGGCCGUGUCGGCCAACGACCGCACGCGCCUCAACUUCCACUGCUCGCUGUUCAGCGCCCUGGGCUCGCUCUCCGUCUUCCUGUCCUACAGCGUCUGGGACAAGGGCGACUUCCACUCGUUCCGGCUCUUCUGCGUGACGCUGGCGGCCGUCUCGGCACUGGGUUUCGCCACCGUGACGCGCCUGUUGACGAGGCGAUUUGAGAAGGAGGCGCGUCUGAGGCAGGACGAGGCGCUGGCACUCAAAGAGUUGAGCAUUGUCCAGAACCCUCUGACUCAGCAGGAGAAGCCAGUCACUCUAGGAGAGUAUCUAAGGCAGCUCUCCAAGCACAGAAACUUUAUGUGGUUCGCCUCUAUGAACCUGGUCCAGGUGUUUCACUGUCACUUCAACAGCAACUUCUUCCCUCUGUUCCUGGAGCACCUCCUCUCUGACAGCAUCUCUGCCUCCACUGGCUCCAUUCUGCUGGGGAUCUCCUACAUAGCGCCCCACCUGAACAACCUGUAUUUCCUGACCCUGUGCCAGCGUUACGGGGUGUACACGGUCAUCCGCUGGCUGUUCCUGGUCAAGCUAGCCCUCAGUGUGGCCAUGCUGCUGGCCGGGGCCGACCAGGUCUACCUGCUGUGCAUCUUCAUUGCCAGUAACCGAGUGUUUACGGAGGGCACCUGCAAGCUGUUGAACCUGGUUAUCACGGACUUGGUGGACGAGGACUUUGUGGUGAACCGGCGCCAGCAGGCGGCGUCGGCGCUGCUCUUCGGCAUGGUGGCCCUAGUGACCAAGCCUGGCCAGACCUUCGCCCCUCUCAUCGGCACCUGGCUGCUGUGUGUCUACACAGGCUACGAUAUCUUUGAGAGAAACUCUGUACAGGACUCUGCGGCAGCACCCCCUGUCUUGGACAUAGCGAGCUCCACUGUUCCAUUGCGCCAGGGCUGUUUCUACUUGCUGGUGUUUGUGCCCAUCUCAUGCGCCCUGCUGCAGCUAAUGGCCUGGUCCCGCUUCACCCUCCACGGCCGCAGACUYCAGGGCGUCAAGGCCCAGAGGCAGGGAGCCCAGCACAGCCACCUCAUGGACYUCAAGGCUAUCUGAUAUGAGGCCAGCUCGUCUGCCCCUUCGCUCAACUGCGUAAUGCUAUACCACCCUCUGCCAUUGGGGUCAGCAGAGAGGGACGUAGACUGGAGAACUGAUGAAAUCUCGCUGUCUAGCCAGGGACAAAAAUAUUUUGGGGGUGUGAAACAUGCCUUAUUUUGAUAUUAAGAGGACAAAGACUAUAUUUAUGUAUGAACUGAUGACCAAAUGAUACCGCAGAGCCAAGCUCAUGCCCCUCUCUGGGGUAGGGCAAAGGCGCGACGCCUCCUGUUUAUCCAGCGAGUAGACAUCAUCCUAGGUUGAGGCGUAMCCUGGUAUGCAUUUCCAUCCCCAAAGGAACACACAUAAUCACCAACCUUGCUAUUAGUGUGGUUAACCAAAGCGAGAGUCUGCAUAGCUAGGUAAAUACCCAUCUUUCUGAUGUGUGUGUGUGUGUGUGUAGGGAAAUAUUAAGUACUGAGAACAGGUAUGUGUGUGCGUGUACAUGAGCAUAACAUCUAAAUCCUGAUUUGCUGAUUUGCUCUUGAAAUUGAAAUAAGGUUUGACCAUCACCAUGCUAUUGUCUUCAUGAAGUACUUCUAGUACUAAUCUGUAUUUUCAAAAGUCUAACAAAUGUUUUUCUAUUUGUUUUACUGUGACCGGUACUAAAAUAACUGCCAUCGCCAAUAUUCAACUCCGGUGUCUCCUAUGUUUUCUCACGCAUGAUGUUUUAACCUGACACGUGGAAGCAUUUAGGUGACGAUUACAAAACAAGGCCCUUAAACAACCUCUGUUUACAUUUGUACCUCAGAGUCAGGAAAGAAAUCCAUUUUUUUUAUAGACCAUGAAGAGAAUUGAGAAACAGAUUUGACUGGAAACAUGAAACUAUUGCGUCAUGAUGACCUGAUGUAUGAUAAURGUGGAGAAUACGUUCUGUACUUUCUUUCAAAGUCGUUUUUAUUACUGCUGCUACAUGAGUUGUGUGAGUGUUAAGGAGUCUUAAAUUCCAUGAUCAAUUUAUAUCUCUAAACAAAAGUAUUCUCGUAAUUUGUCAAAUACUGAAGACACCUUCAUGGAAGUGUUUGAGUGACUCAGGAAUUACAGUUUCAGCACAAUGGGAUUUAAGUAACCAGAAGGAAAGCAGAGGUUAUAUCUUUCAAGACAGCCUUACAGCAGAGAUGCCUGUAUUUGCCAGUUGUGUUACAAAAUACUGUACUAUGUUUGUCUGGUUGUACAACUGCUCAUUGUAGCAUCUGCCAUUUUCUGACCAUCUUUGUGACUUAUUAAAGUGAUCUCACUACUUGA